GAUCCCCACCACCUGAUUUUAUUACAAGACGUCUGCCGGCCGUGCAGCUCGGACGACCACUCACGAGAUGAUGGGCGCUGACGUGAAAUGGACGCUUUUGACAUUCGCCUUGUGCUUUCCUUUCACGGCCUGUUUCGGAGAUGAUUUGACAACACAGGAGAGGCUUUUUUUAAGCUCCAUGGGACUGUCUAGCAGACCCAAGCCGUCCACGCGAAUCCCGGUGCCAUCCAUGCUCUGGAAGAUCUUUGAAACGAAAGCCAUGCCUGAUGCUUCUGGAAGUGACAGCUGUAGGGUGGCCGAAUUUAACGUGCGGGGGAACAUCGUCCGGUAUAUUCAAGAUCAAGGAGCCGCCAUCCCAGUAACAAGCAGUCAGUGCUCAACAUGUCUGGAGAAACUUCUUUACUUCAAUAUGUCCGUCUUGGAGGACGUUGAAGAGCUCACCAUGGCGCAGCUGGAGGUGAGCUUCGACCACAACUUUUAUGACCUCUUUAGCAAUGCCGAGACUUUUAGCUUGUCGCUUUUUAAAAAUGUAAAGACGCCUUUGAAGGGAGUACCACACGAGUCUAACCGAAAACUGCUCCUGUCCCAAUCACUGGAGCCCUCUCAUAAAACGAUUCAUUUUAACCUCACGAAACUGGCGCAGGUAUGGAGGGAUCACCAGAAGAACAUCGGCCUGGUCCUCGCCCUGCACCCUGCGAAGACAAGAUCUGAUGGUUUGCUGGCUAUGGACAGUUCCAUACACCCUCACCAUUUCAGGGCUCGGCCCAUCUUCAGCACAUCUCUAGUGGUGGUCUCUCUGAACCCCCUUCAGUGCAGGUCGAGGAGGAAGCGAAGUGCUUACUACCUGCCCGUGACACCCAGUAAUGUCUGCAAGCCCAGAAGGCUAUAUGUUGAUUUCAAGGAUGUCGGGUGGCAAGACUGGAUAAUCGCCCCCCAGGGAUACAUGGCCAACUACUGCCAGGGGGAGUGCCCAUUUCCAUUAAGUGAGAGUCUCAAUGGAACCAAUCAUGCCAUCCUUCAGACACUGGUUCACUCCUUCGACCCAAAAGGCACUCCACAACCGUGCUGUGUUCCUAUUAAAUUAUCACCCAUCUCGAUGCUUUACUAUGACAACAACGAUAACGUGGUCCUCCGGCAUUACGAAGACAUGGUGGUGGAUGAGUGUGGCUGCAGAUGAAGGGGAAAACCAUUUUUAAUGUUCAGGCUGAUUGUUUUAACAUUUGUGUACUGUCAACCAAUAAAGCUUUCAUUAAAAAGAA